AGCUCGGAGGCCUUCAGCCAGCUCUACAACCCGGGCUUCGAGUGUCACCUCAACGAGCCCAACGUCAUCUUGGACAUCUCCAACUACACCCCGCAGAAAGCCAAGCAGCAGACGGUCUCGGAGACCUUCUCCGAGUCCUCCUCCGACAGCACCCAGUUUAACCAGCCGGCCGGCUACCGGCGCGCCAACAGCGAGGCCUCCUCCAGCGAGGGCCAGUCCAGUCUCUCCAGCUUGGAGAAGCUGAUGAUGGACUGGAACGAGGCGUCCUCCGCCCCGGGCUACAACUGGAACCAGAGCGUCCUCUUCCAGAGCAACUCCAAGCCCGGUCGGGGUCGACGGAAGAAAGUGGACAUGUUCGACACCUCCCACCUGAACUUCUCCUCCUCCUCCUCCUCCUCCUCCGUGUACCCCUCCAAGAGGAGCACGGGACCCCGGCAGCCCCGGGGUUCCCGGGGAGCUUGUGCCUCCAAGAAGGAGAGGGGGACGGGCAAGGCCAAGUUCCCCACCAAGUCGCAGGCGGUCAACCCCCUCUUCCAGGAGAGCACGGACCUGGGCUUGGACUACUACAGCGGGGACAGCAGCAUGUCCCCACUGCCCUCCCAGUCCCGGGGCUUCGGGGUGGGCGAGCGGGACCCCUGCGACUACGCCGGCCCUUACUCCAUGAACCCUUCCACCCCUUCGGACGGGACCUUCGUCCAGGGGUUUCAAAGCGACUCCCCCGGUUUGGGGCAGCCGGAUUUGGAGAGCAAACACUUCCCUGCCCUCCCCCACCAGCUGGCGGCCCCCGGCCAGCAGACUGUCUUCGAGGCCGGCUUGCAGAAAGCCUUCUCGCCCAACUGCUCCCCCACCUUGGCCUUCAAGGAGGACCUCCGGGCGGGCGACAUCCGCAAGCUGCCCGCCUGCGACUCGCUCAAACACAGCAUGCAGGGGGGGACCCUGCCGCACGCCCCCCACCUGGCUUGCCGCGAUCUCCCCAUGCCUCAACCGCACUACGAUUCCCCCAGUUGCAAAAACCCACCUUACUGGUAUUCCCCCAACGCCAGCACCCGUAGCCCUUCGUACGACGGCAAAGGGGGGACCGGUAUGCUGGUAGACUUCAUGGGGAGGACGGACCCCCAGUGUCUCAACCCCCACUUGAGCAGCCCGAGCGGCGCUCACCCCUCCAAGGGCGAGAAGGAGCCCUUGGAGAUGUCCCGGGCUCACCACCGAGGACCCUACGCUUGUCCCUUGAUCAAUGACUUGAACAUCUCCCCCGUACCGAGAGACUCAAUGCUGCAGCUGCAGGACAACUACAGGUACCCCAGUUUUGCACCCCAAGGGCACCCCGUCAUGGCCCCCACCCAGAAGAGCGGGUUUUUGGGCCCCAUGGUAGAGCAACAACACCCCGAGGACACUUUUACGGUCACCUCAUUGUAGUGUCUGCUGACGUGCCAACCGGCCAACGAGGUUUUGU